CGCGCCCACCUUUCUUCCUUUCCGACGCUCGAGCGAAAGAGACAAGAUGGGCCACCAGCAGCUCUAUUGGAGUCACCCCAGAAAAUUCGGACAGGGAUCCCGAUCCUGCCGGGUAUGCUCGAACAGACAUGGUCUGAUCCGUAAAUACGGGCUCAACAUGUGCCGCCAGUGCUUCAGGCAGUACGCUAAAGACAUCGGUUUUGUCAAGCUGGACUAGAAGUCUUGUGCCGACAUAUCCUCAUAUUGGGUCAACGUGACAUCUGGAAGGCCAACCAAGAUGGGAUAAUUCAGCACUGCUAAUAAAUGUUUUUUUUUUCCAA